AUGGCAGGAGAACCCGUGAAGCGUGGCUUCGCAGGGGCCACCCUGGACUACGUGGGAGCACGCUAUGUAAAUGCAGGUCCAGAAAAAUGCAGCUACACAACACAAGCCGUCCAGAUCCCCAUGUCAGAUGGAAUGAAACUCGCAGCCGACUUUUACGAACCAGAACUACCGGAGGGUCAAAAGCCACUCGGCUUGAUCAUGGUCCAAUGUUGCUAUGGCCGAGGCGCAGGAAUUUCCUUCCUGAAUGCUCGCGUCUUUGUCGCUCGUGGCUACCAGGCUCUUUUCGUCAGUACUCGGGGUACCCACGGCUCGGAGGGUACCUUUAGUCCUGGAAUCAACGAGGCGAACGAUAGCCAGGAUAUUGUUAAGUGGAUGCGUCAGCAAACCUGGUAUCCGGGUACUUUUGCGACUAUGGGAGCGUCGUAUCUGGGAUACAGUCAGUGGGCGAUGUUGCGCGAUCCGCCUGCAGACUGUGUCGCUGCUGUCAUUCCCGUUGGGCCUCAUGAUCAGGCGCUGCAUGCUUGGGAGACUGGAUCAUUUCGUCUGGAUCGGGCUGCUUGGAGUGACACUAUGGCUUCUCGAGAGGAGGAGCGUGGAAGCUUUCUCGAGACGUUGUCGAAGUUACCUGGCCUAAGUUUCUUGUCGUCCUCCGGGCUGGAGAACGCCGUGGCCGGCUUGCCGCUGGAGGCUAGUCUGCAGGAUUAUUUCAAGGAUAGGGCUCCCUGGCUCUUUGAGUAUUUGGCUCACCCGGAUGUUGAUGAUCCCUACUGGAGUACGAGACGGCAGCAGGCUGCUCUUGAGAGGGCCAAUAUUCCUAUCUUGUUGGUCAGUGGCUGGUAUGACCCAUUCGAGAUGCAGACGAUGCAGCAAUAUAAACGUCUGUUUGAAAGGGGUGUAGAUGUCAGCCUUGUUGUCGGUCCUUGGAACCAUAUCUAUGGAUGCGGUCUGCAUUCCAUACCCGAGAUUAUGGACUUCUUUGCGCAGCAUCUAGCCAAGGCUGGAGAAUAUGGUCGGUCCCGCGCUCGCAUCUUCGUCACUGGUGCUGAAGAGUGGCGCUCGAUGCCCACCUGGCCUCCCAAUACCGAGUCGAAAACAUUUUAUCUACAAGAUGCAACCAGUCUCGACUCGGAGCUACCUGCACAGGAUGUAACUCCGGCUUCCUUUGUCUUCGAUCCUCGGAACCCUACCCCCAGCAUCGGUGGCAGUCAGCUGUUAGCUGGCGGACGAGUCGACGACAGCAUCUACGGUACUAGAUCGGAUGUCCUAGCUUUCACUAGCCAACCUCUUUCAGCAGACCUGGAAGUACUCGGUGCUCCAUCCGUCCAGCUCUCGCAUUCAAGUGAUCCGGCCUUUGCAGAUCUCUUCUUACGACUGAGUGAAGUGGACAGCAAGGGCGUUUCCCACAACAUCAGCGAGGUGUAUCAAGCGCUUGACCCGACGCGCGAUAUGUCUCAGUCCCUAAAGCUGGAUCUAGCGGACUGUGCUCAUCGAUUCAAAGUCGGAACACGCGUUCGACUAGUCAUUGCUGGUGGAUCGUUCCCCAUGUAUGCGCGAAGCUUGGGAACCGAAGAGAAUCGUGUGCGAAGCGACAAGAUCGUUCCUCAAACACAUACCAUCACAAUCGCUGCUGGUGUAUCCCAGCUCAUUCUUCCUGUCUCUUCAAAGGUCAUUCCUGUUUGA